GGAGUGUUGGGUGGCCCAGUGGACGUUCUAGAUGGGGCUUCACCGCUUCAGCUCGCUUGCCUCCAACCUGUUUGACAAAAUUAGCCGAUCGGCCACUUUCUGUGAUUUCCUCCGCAACAAGCAAUCCAGAAAGCGUCUCACGUAGUAACUGCUACGAGGAGUGGUUGCAUUGAGUGUUCUCGAAACACUUCAAGAGCAAGCAUUCCCCCACAGGAAAAAGAACCGCAGGAAAAGAAAAGAAAAGAAAAGAUUCAAAUGCACGAUGCGUUCUUCCAUCUACAUGCCAACCUAAAUGAAGUCGCCACCCACUGAUCGCCGUGCCCUGACCCUCUUCCCCUUCAUUUUGGCUUCGUUUUUGAUCUUUGGAACCACAAGAUUAGUCACAGAGACAACGAGUGCAAGCUGGAGUCAUGUCCUCCGUCGGUCAUUUCCGGCCAUCUUCAGCUCCGCAAGAAGAAAUGCUGCAGAAAUGGACCAUGUUCUCGACCACAGAUGCAAUCUCUUUGAGGGAAAAUGGGUGUUGGAUAAGCAUAAUUCUCGCCCUCUCUAUACUGAAGACAGCUGCCCCUACUUGGCCCGGCAACUGACUUGUCAGAGAAAUGGGAGGCCCGAUUCCCUCUAUCAGAAGUGGAGGUGGAAACCUCAUUCAUGUGAAUUGCCAAGGUUUGAUGCUGUGAAGUUAUUGGAGAGCCUGAGGAACAAGAGACUCAUGUUCAUAGGGGACUCGAUCCAGAGAACGCAGUGGGAGUCCAUGGUGUGCCUCCUCCAAUCUAGUGUGGCUGACAACAAGAAGUACCUGCACAAGGAUGCUCCAAGAAAAAUUUUUGUAGCAGAGGAGUUCAAUGCAUCAAUUGAGUUCUACUGGGCUCCAUUUAUCGUGGAGUCAAACUCGGACCAUGCUACGAAGCACACCGUGCGGAAGAGACUGGUCCAUUUAGACUCUAUUGCCAAGCAUGGCCGGAAUUGGAAGGGAGUCGAUGUCAUGGUUUUUGAUAGCUAUGUGUGGUGGAUGUACAAACCUCUCAUCAACGCCACAAUUGGCACACUUGACAUCUGGCAGUAUAGUGUCCCCACUGCAUAUAGAAUGGCUCUACAAACUUGGGCUAAAUGGGUUGAAUCCACCGUCAAUCCUCAGAAACAGAAGCUCUUCUUCAUGAGCUUAUCACCAACCCAUCUAUGGAGCUGGGAAUGGAAAGCUGGAAGCAGUGGGAACUGCUUCAACGAGACGUAUCCAAUCGAAGGUCCAUAUUGGGGGACAGGAUCCAGCUUAGAUAUCAUGGCGGCAGUGAGAGAUGCCUUGCAAGGGCUCAAGGUAAAAGUAACCCUACUGAACAUCACCCAGUUGUCAGAGUUCCGCAAGGAUGGGCACACAUCAGUUUACACCGAGAGAAGAGGCAAGCUUUUAACAAGUGAGCAGAGAUCAGAGCCCAACGUAUAUGCCGAUUGCAUCCAUUGGUGCCUGCCUGGCGUACCAGAUACAUGGAACGAAAUAUUGUAUGCAUAUUUGUUAUAUAGAAAGUCGUAGCAACUGAGCUCGCGUGACAUAUAAGAUGUAGGUGAGGAACCAUGGUAACACGAGCGCAAUUGUUUGCUCAAUAAAACAUCAUACAGCCCUUCAACCCC